UUCCUGCACACGGGCUCGCCGCUGCGGGAGGAGAUCACGGCCGAGGUGUACGAGGACGAGCUGGACAUGCGGCACUCGGGCUCCUGCAUGAACAGCAGCAUCGCGUCCGCCUGGAGCGAGCGCAGUCUCGACCCCGAUGACAUUCGGGAGGAGCUGAAGAAGCUUUACCGGCAGCUGGAGGUGCACAAGGCGUGGCGGAUGGCGACCGACAACCCGCACCUGCCCCGGAGGCGCAGCUCCCGCCGCAGCCUCGCCCGCUCCAUCCUCCGCCGCGGCGGCGCCGACCUGGCCGAGGCCGCGUCCCUCCGCAGCAGCGCCGGGGACCGCCCGGGGACCCCGKCCCGGCGCCGCUCCUCGGCCCGGCGCCUCGGGGAUGCGGGCGGGACCAGCCUGAGGAUGCGGGACGAGAGCUCCCGGCGCCGCUCCUCAGCCCUGCGCAAAUCCCGCAGCUCCGAGGCGCCGCCGCGGGACCCCCGGCUCGGCUCGGCCGCCCCCAGCCCGCCCGAGGAGCCUCCGCCGGUGACAGCGCUGGGRACGGACUCGGAGCGAUCGGACAGCGACUCUCUGGACGCCGCGCCGCUGGUGUGCAAAUCUGCCAGCGCCCAAAACCUGGCGGGGCCCUGGCAGCGYCCCCCGGGCCGCGCUCCGCCCCUGCAGAAAUCCCACAGCGUUGUCACCGGGGCGCGGGAAGUGGCGCUGCUGGCCGCCCGCAGGGACGAGUGGCGCGACAGCCGCCACCUCUGGGUGCCGGAGCGCCCCUCGGGCACCGCGACAGCCCGGGACUCCCGAGAGGACGCGUCCCCGCCGGGUGACAGCAAGGGACACAAACACGUCACCUACGCGCCCCUCAAGAGCGUCAGCGUUGACAGCGCGCACCCCGCGCCCAGGAGGGUCCGGGUGACCGUGAGGAAAACGCCCCCCGCGCCCCCCGUGCGCUACCAGAGCCUGCAGCGCUCGGGGACACUCGGGGACGGUCCGGAGCCACCCCCGGAGCCACCCCCGGAGCCGCCGAGAGAGGCGGAGGGGACACCGGGGGACAGCCCGGGCCGUGCGGCACCCCCGGCGGGGAAGCGCCCGCCGCUGAUCCCGAGCGCCAGCUCAGCCCACGUCUGUCCCUGGGAGCUGGUCCAGGACGAGAUCCUGGGCAGGAAACAAAAAUCUGCGGAGGCGGCAGAGCCGGAGACCCCCGGGGACACAGCGGCCACCGGCCCCAAAGCGCACCCCCACAAGACUUUCCGCAGCCUGGGACUCGCCAUCAAAGCCCUGAACCGCUCCAGGGGGAAGAGCACCCUGAAGGGGAAGCGGGAGAGCGAGGGGAGCCUCAGGAAAUGGGGGAGCAGCCGGAGGGACCGGUCCGGCCCGGGAGAGGCCUCGGCCGCGGCCCCCGGAGGGCUCAGGCUCAGCCCCGACCCCGCCGCCCGGAGCCCCGAGGGGAGCGGGCAGAGCCCCGAGUCCCCCGCGCUCCAGCACAACAACAACGCUGCCGCUGCCGGGGAGRCCACGGGCUGGGGGGACAGCGGGACAGCGGGACAGACGGACAGCCUGGGCCCGGGGCCGGAGUCACCCAGCGCGGGGCAAUGUCCCCGUGACACCGCCGAGGUGGCGCAGCCCCAGGGAGGGGACGCGGCUCCUGCAGCGGCUCUGGGGACGGAUGGAGCAGUUCCCGUGGUCACAGCGGAGGAGGGGACACUCGAAGGGCCCGAGGGGACCCGAAGGUCACCCGGAGCGGCCCCGGGGCAGCCGCGGGCUGAGCUGUGCCCGCCCGGAGCGCUCGGAGCCCCGGCAGCGAGGGCAGCGCUGCUGCGGCAGGAGGCGAUCGCUGCCCGGGAGGACGGGGGGAUCCCGGACAGCCCGGACACGGCCCUGGACAAGGACAGCGGCCCCGAGCCCGAGCGCGGCCCUGGAAGGGGCUGGAGCGGGGCCGGGAGCGCGCCGGGCRGGCAGGGAGAGCUCCGAACUGCGGSAACGGGGGCAGAUUCCAGCUCCGAGYCAGGGAUCUGCCCCGGGGAGCGGCCCGAGGGCACAGCCGCGGGCAAGGGCGGCCGUGACRGGGGUGCCCAGCGCUCUCCGAGCCUGGAAAAACCCCCAGAGCUGCCCAAAGUGUCCCCGGAGCGAGCGGAGGRGAGCCCGGGGCAGGGCCGAGAGCAGGGACGGAGUGUCCGAGCAGAAAUCGGCCCCGGGGACACGGAGGGGAGGGGACCCCCCAAAGCUGGGGAAGGGGAGGAGGGCAGGAAGGGGGAGAUCUGCCCGUGGGAAGGGGAGCGGGAGCAGCGCCCCAGAACCCAGAUCUGUCCCUGGGAAGGGGCUGCAGCCCCGCCGGGGAGGGAGGGGACGGAUCAGGACCCUUCCAGAGGGGAAGGAAAAGCGGGACCCAGAGCACUGGAAAAAGGGGAGCAGCCCCCAGCCAAACCCCAAACGAGGAGCUCAGCCCUGCCCAAAGCACCUUCAGGGAAAUCGCAGAGCUCGGAGAAGGCACAGAUCUGUCCAUGGGAGGUUGAAUCUGCUGGCAAAGCCGAGAUCUGUCCUUGGGAGGCUCAGGAGCCCAAAUCCACUGACAAAACCCAGAUCUGUCCUUGGGAAUCUCAGGACCUGAAAUCCACUGACAAAGCCGAGAUCUGUCCCUGGGAAGGGGCUGAGCCUCCGCUGGAGAAGGGAACAGCCCCAAGAAAGGAGAAACUCCCAGGAAGAGAAGUGACCAAAGCUGUGGAGAAGGGGAGCAAAGACCGAGAGUCCAUCUGUCCUUGGGAGAGCCCGGACACGGAACAGCCCCCGGCCAAACCCCAAACUGGGAGCUCAGCCCUGCCCAGAGCAGCUCCGGGAAAAUCGCAGAGCUCGGAGAAGGAACAGAUCUGUCCCUGGGAGUCUCAGGAUCUCAAACCCAGUGAUAAAACCGAGAUCUGUCCCUGGGAAGGGGCUGAGCCAAAGGCAAAGCCGGUCCCUGCUGGGGGUUCCAAGGGGGACAAGACCCUGAUGCGCCAGACAGCGCUGGGCAGCCCGGACAGGGACAGGGACAGCAGGGACAGCAGGGACAGGGACAGCAGGGACCGAGCGUCCAUCUGUCCUUGGGAGAGCCCGGACACGGAACAGCCCCCGGUCACACCCCAAACUGGGAGCUCAGCACUGCCCAAAGCACGUUCAGGGAAAUCUCAGAGCUUAGAGAAGGCAGAGAUCUACAAAACCCAGAUCUGUCCCUGGGAAGAGGCUGAGCCUCAGCUGGAGAAAAUAGCCCCAGAAAAGGAGAAACUCCCAGGAAAACAAUCUCCUUCAGGGAAAUCCCAGAGUACCGAGAGCUUCAAGGCAGAGAUCUGUCCUUGGGAAGUUGAACCCGCUGGCAAAGCCGAGAUCUGCCCUUGGGAAGGGGCUGAACCUCAGGAGAAGGGAACAGACCCAGGAAAGAAGAAAUUCCCAGGAAAAGAAUCUCUUCCAGGGAAAUCGCAGAGCUCGGAGAAGGCAGAGAUCUGUCCCUGGGAGGCUCAGAAUCUCAAAUCCACUGACAAAGCCGAGAUCUGUCCUUGGGAAGUUGAAUCUGCUGACAAAACCCAGAUCUGUCCCUGGGAAGGGGCUGAACCUCAGCAGGAGAAGGGAAGAGCCCCAGGAAAGGAGAAACUCCCAGGAAAAGAAUCUCUUCCAGCGAAAUCCCAGAGCUCAGAGAAGGCUGAGAUCUGUCCUUGGGAGGUUGAAUCUGCUGGCAAAGCCGAGAUCUGUCCCUGGGAGUCUCAGGAUCUCAAACCCAGUGAUAAAACCCAGAUCUGUCCCUGGGAAGGGGCUGAACCUCAGCCGGAGAAGGGAACAGCCCCAGGAAAGGAGAAACUCCCACCAAAGGAAGCGACCAAAGCUGUGGAGAAGGGGAGCAAAGACCGAGAGUCCGUCUGUCCUUGGGAGAGCCCGGACACGGAACAGCCCUCGGUCAAACCCCAAAGUGGGAGCUCAGCACUGCCCAGAGCAGCUCCGGGGAAAUCCCAGAGCUCAGAGAAGGCAGAGAUCUGUCCCUGGGAGGUUGAAUCUGCUGACAAAGCCGAGAUCUGUCCCUGGGAAGCGGCGGCACCUCAGGUGGAAAAGGGAAGAGCCCCAAGAAAGGAGAAACUCCCAGGAAAAGAAUCUCUUUCAGGGAAAUGGCAGAGCUCGGAGAAGGCCGAGAUCUGUCCCUGGGAGUCCCAGGAUCUCAAACCCAGUGAUAAAACCCAGAUCUGUCCCUGGGAAGUUGAAUCUGCUGACAAAGCCGAGAUCUGCCCUUGGGAAGGGGCUGAGCCAAAG